AUGGGUCUCCGGGGGAUGUUCUGCUUCCCCCUGGGGCUCCUCUUUGGCUCUGUGCUGUUGGUGGCCUCAGCCCCGGCCACCCUCGAGCCUCAGGGCUGCAGCGACAAGGAGCCACAGGUUACUGUCAGCCACACCUACAAGAUUGAUGUGCCCAAGUCCGCUCUGGUCCAGGUCGAGACUGACCCCCAGCCCCUUAGUGACGAUGGAGCCUUGCUCCUGGCCUCAGGGGAGGCCGAGGAACAGAACAUCAUCUUCAGGCACAACAUCCGCCUGCAGACGCCACAGAAGGACUGUGAGCUGGCAGGCAGCGUCCAAGCCCUCCAGGCCCGAGUCAAGAAGCUGGAGGAAGAGAUGGCGGAGGUGAAGGAGCGGUGUGAUGUUCAGCGCUGCUGCCAAGUUGCCGGUGCCAACGGCCACUGCAGCGGCCACGGGACCUUCUCCCCCGAGACCUGCGGCUGCCGCUGCGAGCAGGGCUGGGAGGGCGCCGCAUGCGAGCGGCCCGCCUGCCCCGGGGCGUGCAGCGGCCACGGGCGCUGCGUGGACGGCCGCUGCGAGUGCGACGCGCCCUACGUGGGCGCCGACUGCGCCUACCCCGCCUGCCCCGAGAACUGCAGCGGCCACGGUGUGUGCGUGCGCGGCGCGUGCCGGUGCCACGAGGACUUCACGUCCGAGGACUGCAGCGAGCGCCGCUGCCCCGGCGACUGCAGCGGCCACGGCUUCUGCGACACGGGCGAGUGUUACUGCGAGGAGGGCUUCAGCGGCCCGGACUGCGCCCAGGUGGUGGCCCCUCAGGGCCUGCAGCUGCUCAAGAGCACAGAGGAUUCCCUGCUGGUGAGCUGGGAGCCGGCCAGCGAGGUGGACCACUACCUCCUCAGCUACUACCCCCUGGGAGAGGAGCUCUCUGGGAAGCAGAUCCAAGUGCCGAAGGAGCAGCACAGCUAUGAGAUCCUCGGUUUGCUGCCUGGCACCAAGUACAUGGUUACCCUGCGCAACGUGAAGAAGGAGGUUUCCAGCCGCCCACAGCAUCUGCUUGCCACCACGGAUCCGGCUGUGCUUGGCACCGCGUGGGUGACAGAGGAGACCGAGAGCUCCCUGGAUGUGGAGUGGGAGAAUCCCCCGACCGAGGUGGACUACUACAAGCUUCAGUAUGGCCCUCUGACAGGGCAGGAGGUGGCUGAGGUCACCGUGCCCAGGAGCAGUGACCCCAAGAGCCGAUAUGACAUCACUGGUCUACAGCCCGGAACAGAGUAUAGGAUCACUGUCAUCCCCAUGAAAGGAGAACUGGAGGGCAAGCCGAUUCUCCUGAAUGGCCGCACAGAAAUCGAUAGCCCAACCAACGUGGUCACCGACCGAGUGACAGAAGACACAGCGGUAGUCUCCUGGACCCCAGUCCAGGCUGUCGUAGACAAGUACGUGGUGCGCUACACCUCUGCUGAUGGGGACACCAGGGACAUGGCGGUGCCCAGGGAGGAGAGCAGCACCGUCCUGACGGGCCUGAAGCCGGGAGAGGCGUACAGAGUCUACGUGUGGGCCGAGAGGGGCAGCCAGGAGAGCAAGAAGGCCGACACCAAGGCCCUCACAGACAUUGACAGCCCAACAAACCUGGUGACCGACCGGGUGACAGAGAACACGGCCACCGUCUCCUGGGACCCGGUGCAGGCCGUCAUCGACAGGUACAUGGUGCGCUACACGUCCGCCGAUGGAGACACCGGGGAGGUGCCGGUGGGGAAGGAGCAGAGCAGCACCGUGCUGACGGGCCUGAGGCCGGGCGUGGAGUACACGGUCCAGGUGUGGGCCCAGAAGGGGGCCCGGGAGAGCAAGAAAGCCGACACCACGGCCCCAACAGACAUUGACAGCCCCCAAAACCUGGUGACCGACCGGGUGACAGAGAACACGGCCACCGUCUCCUGGGACCCGGUGCAGGCCGUCAUCGACAGGUACAUGGUGCGCUACACGUCCGCCGAUGGAGACACCGGGGAGGUGCCGGUGGGGAAGGAGCAGAGCAGCACCGUGCUGACGGGCCUGAGGCCGGGCGUGGAGUACACGGUCCAGGUGUGGGCCCAGAAGGGGGCCCGGGAGAGCAAGAAGGCGGACACCAUGGCCCCGACAGACAUUGACAGCCCCCAAAACCUGGUGACCGACCGGGUGACAGAGAACACGGCCACCGUCUCCUGGGACCCGGUGCAGGCCGUCAUCGACAGGUACAUGGUGCGCUACACGUCCGCCGAUGGAGACACCGGGGAGGUGCCGGUGGGGAAGGAGCAGAGCAGCGCCGUGCUGACGGGCCUGAGGCCGGGCGUGGAGUACACGGUCCAGGUGUGGGCCCAGAAGGGGGCCCGGGAGAGCAAGAAGGCGGACACCAUGGCCCCGACAGACAUUGACAGCCCCCAAAACCUGGUGACCGACCGGGUGACAGAGAACACGGCCACCGUCUCCUGGGACCCGGUGCAGGCCGUCAUCGACAGGUACAUGGUGUGCUACACGUCCGCCGAUGGAGACACCGGGGAGGUGCCGGUGGGGAAGGAGCAGAGCAGCACCGUGCUGACGGGCCUGAGGCCGGGCGUGGAGUACACGGUCCAGGUGUGGGCCCAGAAGGGGGCCCGGGAGAGCAAGAAGGCGGACACCACGGCCCCCACAGACAUUGACAGCCCCCAAAACCUGGUGACCGACCGGGUGACAGAGAACACGGCCACCGUCUCCUGGGACCCGGUGCAGGCCGUCAUCGACAGGUACAUGGUGCGCUACACGUCCGCCGAUGGAGACACCGGGGAGGUGCCGGUGGGGAAGGAGCAGAGCAGCACCGUGCUGACGGGCCUGAGGCCGGGCGUGGAGUACACGGUCCAGGUGUGGGCCCAGAAGGGGGCCCGGGAGAGCAAGAAGGCGGACACCAUGGCCCUGACAGACAUCGACCCUCCCAAAAACCUUCGUUCAUCUGCCGUUACACAGUCCGGGGGGGUGUUGACCUGGACGCCCCCCUCUGCUCAGAUCGAUGGCUACAUUCUGACCUACCAACUCCCAGAUGGCACCGUUAAGGAGGUACAGCUUGGAAGAGGGAACGAGAGACUUGAGUUGCAAGGCCUUGAGCAGGGCAUCGCCUACCCAGUCUCCUUGGUUGCCUUUAAGGGUGAUCGCCGGAGCAGGAGUGUAUCUACCACCCUUUCCACAGUUGGUGCCCGUUUUCCACAUCCUUCCGACUGCAGUCAAGUUCAGCAGAACAGCAAUGUCGCCAGCGGUCUAUAUACCAUCUACCUGCAUGGUGAUGCCAGCCGGCCCCUGCAGGUGUACUGUGAUAUGGACACGGACGGAGGUGGCUGGAUUGUCUUCCAAAGGCGCAACACUGGACAGCUGGAUUUCUUCAAGCGUUGGCGGACCUACGUGGAAGGCUUUGGGGACCCCAUGAAGGAGUUCUGGCUUGGACUCGACCAGCUGCACAACCUCACCACUGGCACUGCCACCCGGUAUGAGGUGAGAGUGGACCUACAGACAGCCAACGAGUCCGCCUAUGCCGUGUAUGAUUUCUUCCAGGUGGCCUCCAGCAAGGAGCGGUACAAGCUCUCAGUUGGGAAAUACAGAGGCACGGCCGGGGAUGCUCUUACUUACCACAACGGAUGGAAGUUUACAACUUUUGACAGAGACAACGAUAUUGCCCUCAGCAACUGUGCCCUGACACAUCAUGGUGGCUGGUGGUAUAAGAACUGCCACUUGGCCAACCCCAACGGCAGAUACGGGGAGACCAAACACAGUGAGGGGGUGAACUGGGAGCCAUGGAAAGGACAUGAAUUCUCCAUUCCUUAUGUGGAGUUGAAAAUCCGCCCUCAUGGCUACAGUGGAGAGCACGUCCUGGACAGAAAGAAGCGGACACUAGGAGAAAAUUCGAGAAUGUUCUGAUGGCCUAUUUGAACAGUCAUCACACGAGACAAGACCAGCCCAGGGUUGGGGCUAUGUAGGCUUGGGGCAAGGUGGGUAGUGGUGACUGGUUAAUGGAAGUUUGAGAGAUACUCCUGGCCUCUGGUUUCUGAGAUGGCUGGGUAACCUCCAGGACAAAGUGUGUGACCAAACUUCAGACCACACAGGUCUCUGUCACCUGCAUUUCUGCCCAUCUGUAUUGGGGACCUGCAAAUCAACACAAUAGUAUAUAUGAGAAAGAACACCGGACUGCAAGUUCGUCAGUCUGUCUUCAGUAGCAAAUAUAUGGGAUUGGGGAGUAGGGGGAAGGGAAAAGAAUCAUCUAGCACUUCACCAGUUGGUGUGUGUGUGUGUGUGUGUGUGUGUGUGUGUGUGUGUAUCUUUUCUCUAGAAAGCUGUACCAAGGAGGGGUUCUAUUUGAUGACCAAGGGGCUUAACGUAGUCUGAUGCUUGUUACCUCCCAUGACCACUGGGAUUUGAGGAAAAAGGUAUAAAUCUUCACCUGUUUAAAAAAUGCUAGAUCAGGAGAAAGAACAAAGGGACCAAGACUGAUUCACAUCGAGCUAAGUUGUGACCAGUAUCCAGCAGGCUGGGAACCAAGCUUCCGUGUUACCCCCCUUUUCAAGUUCCCCCUUCCCACAUAUUUGCAUAAUCACUUUCAGAGAUCUGCAUAUGUUGUGAAUAAAUUCUCACUCGUUUCAGCUUU